UGUUGCAUAAACACUCCCCUGCUAGAGCCUCACAUAAGAAGGAAAGGCUCAGUGAAAGGGCUUUUACUUACUAUUCCUUUUACACAGGAGAAACAUGUCAGGAUCCGAGGACCCAAAACAAACAAACCGGGAGAAAUUCCAAGCAGAAAUGCAGAGGACAUUGGAGAAGGCAAAGACCAUGACUCCUGAGGAGCUGAAGUUUUCUUAUAAGGGGAUUCUGUAUCCCAGUAUCCUAUGCAGCGAGGCCACUUUUCAAGCUAUGGAGGGUUUUGAAGCCAGAGAAGAUGAUGUAUUGAUCAUAACAUAUCCCAAGUGUGGAACAAACUGGGCAAUAAAGAUACUUCAUCAAAUGCUAUUUGAGCUUCACAACAAAGAACCAACAAUAGACCAAGCAAUGUUUGAAUUUGGAAAACCCGAAAAAUACAAGUACCUGAAUGAACAACCUUCCCCAAGAGUUAUAUCAUCGCACCUCACUCAUGAGAAUAUCUCAAAAUCUUUAUUUGAAAAGAAGACAAAGAUCUUGAUAAUUCUUCGUAAUCCAAAAGAUGCAGCUGUUUCUUAUUACCAUUUCUCAAACAACAACCCUGUGCUUCCCUCAUACAGCUCUUGGGACGCAUUUUUCAAGGAUUUCAUUACUGGAGAUGUCAUUUAUGGAUCGUACUUUGACUAUGCUCUUGGCUGGGAAAAAUAUUUGGAUGGUGGAAAUGUCCUUUUACUUACAUUUGAAGAUAUGAAAACGGAUCUCAUUGCGGAACUAAAAAAAAUCUGUGACUUCUAUGGGUUCAGUCUGACUGAUGAGCAACUCCAGAAAGUUCAAGAAAACACAACUUUUCAGUCCAUGAAAGAUAAAUCUAGUGAAUCACAUGGAAAUCUUGGAAAUGUUUUUUUCCGAAAAGGAGAAAUUGGGGACUGGAAGAGUCUUUUUACCGAGGAACAGAGCAAAGAGCUGGAUGCCAAGUUUGAGAAGCAUCUUGCAGGAACAAAAUUUGGAGAGAAGAUAAACUACCCUAAAUAUUGUACAUAUUAAAUAAAAGCAUUGCUUUAGAUUUUCUAUUCCUAUGAUUUGUGAAGGGUUUAAUAAAAUACAUUGGU